GAGCCUCGAAAGAAACGAGCCAAGAUUGUAAGCGCAUGCAGCGAAUGUCGACGAAAAAAAACAAAAUGCAAUGGAGAACAGCCAUGUCGUAGCUGUGAAAAGUCAGCCGUCGAGUGCAUUUAUCCAAGUGCUACGGUAGAAGAUAACAAAAGAGGAGGAAAACAAGCCUUGGAAGCUAUCGAAGAUAGACUGAAAACAAUUGAAGACAUGCUCAAAGCUAUUCUUGAAACGAUGCCCGCUAGCGAUAGGCGAUUACCUUCUAUUCAUAAUUUGUCCGCU